AGCUCUGAGUGUCUCAGGGAGGUGACAUUCAACACAUUGUACUGGCUUUGCAGAGAAUCAACCCACAAGAUGCUGCAUGGAGGCUUUCUCCUGAAAUCUUUGGUGUUCAGUACAGAAUAAAUCGAAGUGCAGAAAAAAAAACGGUGACUUGCUGAUGUGGAACAUGACCAUUCAGUAAAUACAAACCACUGUUCCAGAUACCUCUUGUUUUACUUUUUUUACAUCAGCAGGUGAAUUUGGGUUUCAUUUCAUUUACGGAACAUCUGCUAGAAGGAUCUCCACCAAGAUGGAUACAGGGGGCUUAUCCUUCGAAGCGAGGCAGAGGACAGAGCCAUCAUCACUGGCAGAACUGAGCUCUGCACAUCCCGAGAAAAACUCUCUGUACUACAGGCUGCAGCUGGUGGGCUUCUUACCUGUGCACACCCUGACCACCUUGCCCAUGCUGCCUUGGAUUGUAGCAGAGAUACGGCGCCACAGCAGCCAGGGAGUCAGGUCUGCAUUGAUACCCCGCUGGGUUAAGCUGUACAUCUCCCAGGCAGCGGUGUGCUGUGAAAUGGACGCCGGACACAGUCAGCAGUGGGAUCCCUUACACUACAAUAUCAUCUUUGAACAUCAGCCCCAGCGUGUCUACAAACUCAUUCACAACAGCAAUGACCCGAGCUACUUUGCCUGUCUCAUUAGGGAGCCGGGGCCUGGCCUUCCAGGCAAUAAGAGCACCUGUUAUGUAUUCCGGUCUGCUGAUCAAGCCAAGGUCCCUGAAAUCAUCAGCACUAUCCGGCAAGCGGGAAAGACAGCCCGUCAGGAAGAGGACCAUUCUCGUUAUCACGACCCAGAUGACGCCUUCUCCAAAAAGUUUGAGGUUUUGUUCUGUGGACGAGUGAUUGUAGCACAUAAAAAAGCCCCCCCAGCACUGAUUGAUGAAUGUAUAGAGAAGUUCAAUCACGUCAGCGCAAAGAAAAAGGAUGGAGAGACUACCUCUGACCAAGACGUUUCCUUGGAUCAGCCACAAGGCUUUUCGGCAGCAAACGGCAAGCAUGCGUUAUUCUUCCAAGCAGCAGCCAAUGGGAUAGACUGCAGCAAGUCUGGGAACUUUAGCACUGCCAGUCCCAAUUGCCAAAAGACUGUGUUUUUGAAAAGAGACUCAAGUCUCCCAUCUUUCGCUGCUAUUGGUGGAAAUGGUGUUUCUCCAGAGAUACGGAGGCGUAACAUCAGUGAGCCUUGUGGAGUCCAACCAACAGAUAUCCAAGCAAACAGGACGAUGUUGUUUACGAUCGGGCAGUCUCAGAUUUACCUCAUUAGUCCAGACACAAAGAAAGUUGCCAUUGAGAAAAGCUUUCGAGAAAUCUCCUUCUGUUCUCAGGGAAUUCGUCAUGUGGAUCACUUUGGCUUUAUCUGCAGAGAGUCUUCAGAGAAUGGAAACUGCCAUUUUGUCUGUUUUGUGUUUCAGUGUACAAACGAAGCACUGGUUGAUGAAAUCAUGAUGACCCUGAAGCAGGCUUUCAGUGUCGCUGCUGUGCAUCACAAUUCAAGAACGCAGGCACUGCAGUGUGAGAGCUGCCCAAUGCAGCAUCUACACAAGCUCUGUGAAAGAAUUGAAGGUCUGCAUCCAUCAAAAGCAAAGCUUGAAAUUCAGAAGCAUCUAGCAACUCUAAACAACAAAGAAACGGCAGCAGUGUUUGAGGAGGUCCAGAAAGUGAGACCAAAAUGUGAAGAUGAAGAAAAUGAACUGGUUAUUUCCAGCUUGAGGAGCCUCUAUGAGGAGAAACAGAAGAACCACUCCCAUAGUUACAAUAGGGAGGUGAAGCAGCCCUCGCAGAACUGCUCAGAAGAUGUGCCAAAUGAGUUGCAGAUGAGUGCUGGGCGGUUACGACUGGAAAUGUUGAAAACACGAGCCAAAAGAUCUCUCACUGAGUCUCUGGAAGGUAUUUUGUCCAGGGGGGGCAACAAACCUAGGCAUCAGAAGGAAAGCUUUGAAAGUGUGGAUACAGACAACUCCUCUUCCAACACAACCCUUCACAGUAUAAACAAGGAGCCUACCAUUACCGAUGCUCUCGCACAGCCACUCACUGUAAGCUCUGUGAAGGCACACAGGUCCACAGGGGACCUGCAGGGGCUGGACAACCCUUCCCAUAAGUCUCCUCGGCAUGGAUUCAGACAUAGGUCUAAAACUCUGAGUCACCUGCCUAUUCACAGCCAGCAGCCCCUGCAGCCAGUGGAGGAGUCGCCAAGCAUCCCCAAACCCAGGCUCAUGAGGCAUUACUCAGUGGGCACGGAGACGCCACAUGAAUGCAGCUUGAAUGAGCUCGACUCUGAUGACAAGAGCCCUGCUGCUCCCCUGUCUGCUCCCACGCCUCCGGCUCGUCUCAUGGCACCCUCUGCUUCCUCUCCAAACUUUUUUAAAUCUAUAAAGCAAAAUUCAGGUGGAGAACAAAGUGGGUGCAUGUUGAAGAGGAGCACCCUGAGCACCUCUCACCUUAGCGGCCUACGUGCAAGGCUUCACUCUUCUUCUUCUGUCCCCAAUUUUCUGAAAUUUCUGGCUCCAGUAGCUGAAAACAGUGCCGUUGACUUUAAGAAAAGGCACAGGUCCAGUCCUGGAGGCAAUGACUGUGACAGUCCUGUGAGGAGUCGUCGGCAUUCGUGGCGCCAGCAGAUCUUCCUCCGAGUAGCAACACCACAGAAAGGCUGUGACUUGCCCAGCAGAUAUGAAGAAUGGGCAGAUGUAGCUGAACUGCCCUCAAGAGUGUCUCUGGCUCCGGUGUGUGGAGAUGGUCUCCCGGGUCCAGUGGUACAAGAGAGAAAAAAGACUGAGCAUGAGCUCCGGGAGCUGUGGAAGAAAACCAUCCUGCAGCAGAUACUUCUCCUGAGGAUGGAGAAAGAAAACCAGAAACUGCAAGCUUCAGAGAGCGACCUUCAGAAUAAACGGAUUAAACUCGAUUAUGAAGAAAUCACGCCGUGUCUGAAGGAGGUGACUCUCAUCUGGGAGAAGAUGCUGAACAUGCCAGGAAGACCGAAGAUCAAAUUUGACAUGGAAAAGAUACAUGUUGCUAUGGGCCAAGGUGUACCUCGACAGCACCGUGGGGAAAUCUGGAAGUUCCUAGCUGAGCAAUACCAGCUUCAUCACCCAUUACCGAGCAAACACCAAGCAAAAGACACGCCAUAUAAAGAACUGUUAAAACAGCUCACCUCUCAGCAGCAUGCCAUACUUAUUGAUUUAGGCCGCACAUUCCCAACACAUCCCUAUUUCUCUGCUCAGCUGGGAGCAGGGCAGUUAUCCCUCUAUAACUUGCUGAAGGCAUACUCUCUGCUGGAUCCAGAAGUUGGCUAUUGUCAAGGCUUGAGCUUUGUUGCCGGAGUCUUGCUGCUUCAUAUGAGUGAGGAGGAUGCUUUUGAAAUGCUGAAGUUUCUCAUGUACGAUGUGGGCUUGAGAAAACAGUACAGGCCCGACAUGAUUAUCUUGCAGAUCCAAAUGUACCAGCUGUCUCGCUUGCUCCAUGACUACCACCGAGAUCUGUAUAACCACCUGGAGGAGUAUGAGAUCGGCCCCAGCCUCUAUGCUGCACCAUGGUUUCUAACAAUAUUUGCCUCUCAGUUUCCUCUGGGUUUUGUUGCCAGAGUCUUUGAUAUGAUCUUUCUUCAGGGUGCUGAAGUCAUCUUUAAAGUGGCUUUGAGUCUGCUGGGAAGCCACAAGCCCUUGAUACUUCAGCAUGAUAACCUGGAAACUAUUGUUGAUUUUAUUAAAACCACCCUGCCAAACCUUGGCUUGGUACAGAUGGAGAAAACCAUUAUCCAGGUGUUCGAGAUGGACAUCUCAAAGCAGUUGCAGGCCUAUGAAGUUGAAUACCACGUGCUUCAGGAUGAACUGAUGGACUCCGUCUUGCCUUUAAGUGACAACGAAAAGAUGGAAAAGCUAGAGAAGGCCAAUAGCAGCCUGCGUCAACAGAACAUUGACCUUCUGGAGGAGAUACAGGCUGCUCAUGCAAAAAUUCACUAUCUAGAAUUGAAUAUCGAGAAUUUUGUCAGAAAUGAGGGAAAUUUAAAACAGGCCAUCCGCACAUUAGAACUAGAGAGAUUGGCGCUGCUGAACACAGUGGAAGAACUACAGGGAUGUAUGCAAACUCAGGACUUCACUGAAGAUAAGACUGUGCUGGAGCAGCCCUGACCUUAUCACAUUCACUGGAUUUUAAUUUAGACGACAAUUUGCGUAGUUGUCCUACAACAGACCAUUUUUUCUGGAAAAUAGUCAGUAUAUUUUGAGAACUCAAGCAGAACACUCCAUACGACACUUUUGUAAAAUGGCUUUCUUAGUGGGUUUUUUCUGUAACUUUAAAAUUGUUGCUUUUGUAAUAUUAUGUGUAUACUGUUAUUUAAAUGGUCUGACUGUGGCAGUUUUAUGUGUGACAUGCUAUACAAAUGUAUUGUGUUUUGUUCUUUUUUUCUGCUAUGUACUGUACAGUGCUUGGCAUUGUAUAAAAAGCACUAUAUAAAUGCAAUAAAUAAAUAAAUGUCAAAUAAAUAAACACAGCCAACACCCUCAAAAUGUAA